AUGGAAGACAUGAAAGAAUCGGACUCAGCCACACCCAUUGUUCUCGAAAAGGCCGCAGGCAAACUUAUCAUCAGAACCAACGAUAAUGCGCUAAAAAAGGACUUUGAUCUAUCCGCCGUCAAACAGUUUCAUUGUUUUCCAUCUGAUCCCCAAUACGGUGUUCUCGAGAUUUGUUACGACGAUGGGCCAGCUCGUCUUGAGGUUCUUCGUGCCCCCAACAGGGAGGUGAUAGAACAAGUGCACAACUUCAUUUUCAUGAAAGAUUUUGCCUAUCCACCCCCACCCGUUUUGUCAAAGGUGGAAACCCCCUCUUUGCCUGACUCCUAUGAACGUCCAGAAUCAGGUCAACAUUUCACAAAUGGCGUUUCAACCCUUGAGUUUCAUACUGAAGAGGGCUACGAAGAAGUUGCUCUAAAGCUAGUCGAUGAGACUCUUAAUCAGUCUGUGAGUCCUGUACUCAUUCCUGAGGGUGAUCAAGUGAAAAGAACAAGAUCUACCUCCUCAACGUCGUCUGUGUCCUCGGAUAGCCAACGGGGUGAGGAAAACAACGACGAAGUUUCGACCGAGCAAAGUGACAGGGAACCAGCAGUUGAGCCACAAGUUACCAAGGAGCCUGAAACCAAGCAUUUUACCCGACCGUCAAGUGAGCGUCGUUUCGGCAAGCUAAGACUGCUCUCAGAUCUGAUUGAGGAGGAAUGCCUUUGUCAGAAGCACAACCAUGACGAUGGUCGACUUUAUAUCGUUUCAAAGAAGCCCAGUGAUGCAUCGAAAAUCCGGCCUCUAUACAAUGGGGUUACAAUUUUGGAAGGUCACAGCUAUCCGAAGAAGUAUGUCUACAAUAUUUAUCAUUAG